ACGGCGGAUUGGCCAAACCCGGAAGUGAAGAUGGCGACCGCCUACGAGAGGUUCAACCUGCAUGCAACACCUGAGAAGUUUUACAUUGAGGCCUGUGAUGAUGGAGCUAAUGACGUUCUGGUUAUUGAUAGGGUGUCCACCGAGAUUACCCUUGCAGGUAUUAAAGACAUCCCCCCAUCUGGCGUUACCAGGCCCAUUUGUGGAAUCAUGGGAACUAUUCGACUGGUGGCUGGGAUGUACCUCAUAGUCAUUACCAGGAAGAGGAAGGUGGGCGACCUGUUUGGCCACACUGUGUGGAAAGCGGUGGAGUUUGAUGUGAUUUCUUAUAAGAAGACCAUUUUGCACCUCACAGAAUUUCAGAUGCAAGACAACAAAACAUUUCUGGCCAUGAUCAACAGUGUCCUCAACACAGACGGCUUCUACUUCAGCACAGACUAUGACCUCACGCACACCCAGCAGCGCCUGGCCAACACCAGCCCCGACUUCCAGGAGAUGAGCCUGCUGGAGCGGGCAGACCAGAGGUUCAUGUGGAAUGGAAACCUUUUAAGAGAAAUCAUUGCACAGCCAGAGCUCCACAAGUUUGCUUUUCCUGUCAUCCAUGGAUUUAUUGUGAUGAAGCCGUGCUGCAUUAAUGGGAAGGUGUUUGAAUGGAUCCUCAUCUCUAGACGGAGCUGCUUUAGAGCCGGGGUGCGAUAUUACGUCAGAGGCAUUGACUCGGAGGGACAUGCUGCUAACUUCGUUGAGACAGAACAGAUAGUCCUGUACAAUAAUGCCAGGGCCUCCUUUGUGCAGACGCGUGGCUCCAUGCCCUUUUUCUGGUCUCAAAGACCCAACCUGAGGUACAAGCCCAAACCACAGAUAAGCUCUGAAAUCAAUCACAUGGACGGUUUCAAGAGGCAUUUUGAGUCGCAAGUUCUCAUUUAUGGAAAGCAAGUGAUUCUGAACUUGGUCAAUCAGAAAGGAUCUGAACUGCCCCUUGAACAGGCCUUUGCCAAAAUGGUCAACGGCAUGGAAAACAGACCGAUCAAGUACAUAGCCUUUGACUUCCACAGAGAAUGUAGUAAGAUGAGAUGGCAUCGCCUACAGAUUCUGGUUGACGCAGUUUCUGAAAUGCAAGAUGAGUUUGGGUACUUCAUGCUGAGCUCAGACGGGAAGGUGUUGUCUGAGCAGUCCGGAACAUUCCGCAGUAACUGUAUGGACUGCCUGGACCGCACCAACGUCAUUCAGAGCCUGCUGGCCAGACGCUCAAUACAGAACCAGCUACAGAGGAUGAGUGUCCUCCAUGUGGGCCAGAGGAUCGAGGAACAAGCUGACUUUGAGAAGAUUUAUAAAAAUGCAUGGGCAGACAACGCCAAUGCCUGUGCUAAACAGUAUGCUGGAACUGGUGCUCUGAAAACUGACUUCACCAGAACCGGGCAGAGAACGCACUGGGGCUUGAUAAUGGAUGGCUGGAACUCAGUGAUCCGUUACUACAAGAACAAUUUCUCAGACGGGUUCAGACAAGACUCCAUUGAUCUCUUCCUUGGAAACUACACAGUGGAUGAAACUGAUGGGCUCACACCUCUUCAUGUGCAAAAGGACUGGAAGUUCCUAUUGCUUCCUGUUGUCAUGGUGGUGGCUUUCUCCAUGUGCAUCAUCUGUCUCCUUAUGGCUGGUGACACUUGGACAGAGACGCUGGCGUAUGUGGUAUUCUGGGGCAUGGCCAGUGCUGUCACAGCUGCUAUCAUUGUGGUCAAUGGACGAGAGUUUGUGGACGCACCCAAACUGGUCCAGAAAGAGAAGAUGGAUUGAAUAAGGAGAUAUGUCCAUAUGUCCUGUUCCUGUAGAUGGAGCCUUUAAGACAGCCUGUAUUAUCAUGUUCAUUUACAUUAAGUUACUGUCUAUACUAAACCUUUAUUUGAAAACAUGGUAUGUUGUUCCCAAACUUCAUGAAAAUUUCUCAUACCAAUUCAAAAUUACUCACGAGUUGUGGUCAAAUAUCCAAGUAGUAUUUCACCCCAAAAUAAAAAUAAGAUAUUUAUUCAAAUUUGGCCUAUUUUUAGGACACUCUCAUGACGUAAUUUUCGUGACAAUUCAGAACAUUUUCUUUCCCAGAUUUUUAUUAUAAUUUGAAAAAAAUCUAAUUUCCAUUACUGUAAUGUAGUAGUAAUGAAAAUCAUCAUUAGAUUCAGUACAACAAAUACUACCAUUAUGUAUACUUACAAUUGUACUUUACUAUUCAAAUAAUAUAUAAUUCUUUUCACAUUACAGUAAAGAGAAUGAGAUUUUUCCACAGUACAGAAAAUAAUUUCACAAUGCAAAAAAAAUCUUAAUGUUUUUUUUUCAAUGGGUAGGUUUCAUUUUCUUCAUCCAAAAUAUUAUUUCUAUUUUUUUCUUUUGGAGUUAAAUAAAUAGGACAUUUCAUUACAGUUUUUGUAAGAUUCACUUAAGUGCAUUGUGGAAGAUGCACCACGUUUCAAAAGCUGCUAUAAUGUUACUUCUUGGUGAUUAGUCUAAAUUGACCCGGUGUGAAAUCAGAGUUAUUGAGACAUUUUUGCUCCAUGAUUUGAGACAGCUAGAUGUGUGUUCAUUGAAAAUCCAUUCUAAUUAGAUUGUUUUACAAGUGAAGUUACAUGAUCCAGUCCUUAUUACAAUUUCUAUCCUUGCAAAUCUGUCCUGAAAUCAGUUUGGUUAUAUUUAUACUUAUUCUUUGCAGUGGUCAUUUUGUACUUUCCUGUCUGGUUUUGUAUCUCUCAUAAAUGAUCAAAUUGGAUAACUGAGAGGACCCACUGAGGGAGGAAGAGGUUUUAAGCACUGUUUCUUUAAUUAAGUUUACGGACAAUUGUGUGAGCAGCACUUUCCUCUUUAUUUCUCUUCAUGGACCGAUGAACACUAAAAGAAAAGCAUAAACUCACUCUUUAAUGGCUCUUUGACUGCAGUUCUCUUCAAAGUUACCAGUGGCAGAUCACUAUUGCAGAUAGGAAUAAUGAUAUCAGAAUACCUGUCCACUUAACCUAUAUGCUGAUAAUUGAGGACAUUUUAGCAUUUGAUUGAAUUGUAAGUGAAAUCAUGAUCAAUAUAUGUCAGAAAUCAGAAAAAUUUUCAAGUCCUUUUCACCCUUUCAACUGGUCUAUAUGUUGAUUUCAUGGUGAUAUAUUUUUAAAUGUCUUACCCUUAACCCAAUAAUUUACUUUUACCUUGACAUAAACUUUAGUGACACAACAUUUCUUUGGAAGGUGUUUUUGGGAUUGUUUUGGCUUUGGGAGUGGACAUAUGAAUUCCUUUGUGGUCUUCCUUUUGAGUUUAUCACUACCUUUAAAACUGGACUUGAAAAAAAUGGUCAUUGUGUUGGUUCAGUGUAGACUAAGAAUGUAGAUUUUGAUGCCUUUAUAUGUGUGUUUUUAUCAUCUACAAAUGAUAAUAAUGCAAGCCGUAGUACCACAGUGACCAAUACAGAAUAUUGCAAAUGCAUUAGAAACAAUGUCUUCAGAUUCCAUAGGGGCCACAUUUAUACUUAAAUUAAAUCAUGAUUGUUUGAUGGCUGCUGGAAUAAAUCUGAUGUGUAAAAACAGAAAUCAAGAAUAUGUAUAAAUAAAAGUGUCUCAUGUACUGUACAGUAUAGUUACAAUAACACUGUUAGCACUUGGUUUAGUUGUUUGAUCAAUCAAAGUGAUGUCAUAAUGAUCACAUUCUUCUGUGAAUCUUUCAGAUUUCUGAAGUGCAUCAUUGUAUUUUCAGAGUGCACUCCGUUUGAAGUGUGAUGUGGCAUUUUAUCAAUAUUAAUCGUAUUUUGGAUUUGAUCCUGACAGUGUUUCAAUCACAUUUAUGAUUUACAGUGUGCAGCAUGUCCUGUGGUCAUUGUAAAUUCCCUGUGAGAAUUCAGUACUCACCAUAACAAUAGUCUGUGAGAUAUUUCAUCAGCUGUCUUUAGUAAUCAGUCCUCUAUCAUUUAUGAUUAUUGAGAAAGCACAUCAAUGUGUUUAGAGAUUAUUGCUAAUAAUCCAGGUAUUGUUUGGUUUUGAGACAUUGAAGUGUCAUUGAAAAUUCUUUCUAAAGGCGUUCAGUCACUGUAACUGAUGGUUUCUUUCAGAAUAAAUUGGACCAAUAAAACGCA